GGCACUGUCUCAUACUAUUUAGUGCGCUAGUAGCUAUGCGGUAUUUGGACGUCCCCACUGUUCCCGCCCACUUUACUACAGAAGCACGCGCGGAUUCGAAUCGCAGAGCGGAGUCUCGCGCGCGCUGCAGGUGGACACCGUCUCCAAAGCGCGUGAAAAGUCUCCGCUGCGUGGAAACACCGAGUCAGGACCGCAGCCGGGGUUAUUUUUCUUUUCUUUUCUUCUGCGCCUUUCAGGAUCCUUUCAGAAUGGCAUCUCUGGGUAGCAUCUGCUUCCUCUUGCCUGUUGCAUUCCACCUCUUGAUGGUGCCAAGCUUCAGCUCUAUGGCCGCUGCUAGAAGGUGCGGCUCCAUCUACAAGGGUUUUGCCCAGUGUCUUCUGGCCCUGGGGGACAGCUUGUCUGUCAGCAGCCAAAAAGACGAGGACAUGCACGACAUCGACUCAGUCUGCAGAUCAUGGGACGAUUUCCAUGACUGUGCAAACAAUGCUAUGGCUGGCUGCCCUGACGAAGCCGCUGUUGUGUGGGAGUCCCUGAGACAAGAGUCUAAAAAGAUGCAGUUUGCAGGUAACCUGUAUGACAUGUGCUCUAGUCGCAGCCAAUCAGCAAUCGACACAGGGGCCCAGAACCCCGAUGAGACCAAUCAAGAGUCCCUGAAAGGAAAGGCCAGUAAUUUAAGCCCAGGCCUAAACAUCCUUCUCCUCACUUGCAUGUGUUUACUGUUCCUCUACCUGUGGAUAUAAGCCAAGACUUUCUGCUUCAAGGGACAUGUAGUGGAAUGUAAUGAAUUACCAAUGGACUGUCGUGUGUGAUGUUGACAUUUCUCAAAGGUAACACGUUGUAAAUAAUAAUUCUUUUUUUUGUUGUUGUUUGCUUGUAAAAAGGUAUGCUUUUGAACAGAAUUCUACACAUAUACAGUGCCCUCUAUAAUGAUUGGCACGUUCAUGAAAAAAAGCAAAAAGGAAUAUCUAAAAAUAAUAGCACAUGCAAUAAGUAAUACAUGGAGCUCAAACAUACACAGACAUUGUGUAGUUUUAUUUGAACAGUUUUUUUCUCUACAAAAUACCACUUACAAAAUUAUUUGCCCCCUUACAUUUAACAUUUAAUAACGUGUACAUUGGAGAGUGUAAAAGCACUAUGUCGUGUAAACUAGAGGCAGUGGAUGCAAAUUCAGACUUCAUUUUAAGAAAAUGCAAAGUAACUAAAAUAGUGAGAAAACACAAACACAAACAGGGGAUACAGGGCUAAACAUAAGCAAGGCUAUGGUAUACUUAGUAACGCACAAACAUGACAACAGAAACAACAACAAAAGCUUGAGAAAAAAGUACUGAAACAAAGUAACUUAUAUACCGGUGUUAAUCAGAGUGAAAAAAAUACACAGGUGAGGCUGAUUGAAGACAUGUGACCAUGUCAUGUGACAUGCAGGGGCUAAUAGGUGAGGUAGUUUAGCACUGAUUUUGGUAUAACCCUGCCACACUAAAGGAAUAAUAGCACAAAAUCUGAAAAAAGAAUAUAAAGUAUAGCUUCACAGCAUGAUGUUUUGAUGGUGACAAAUAUUAUUUCACCUUUUCACAUUUUACAAGUCAUUUUUUGUCCAAACAAGUCAGGCAAACACUGCUUAAUAAUAACUGGAUACAGCAAAUUGGAUUUGUCUGACAGCAUAGAAUUGUCAGGAUUUUUUUUCUUAUUCAGAGCAAUAUAUGUAGUGCUAUUAUAUUUUUUCUGCAAAACGUGUUUAUGAAUAAAAUAUUACAUUUUUAUUACAAAUCUGUUAUUUCCCUGUGUGUAAAUAUUUAUAUAUAACAUUCACAACAAUGUACAAUUAAAAAAAAAAAGUCUGCUAUGGGAAGAAAAUGUAAUUUACAUAAGAGAAUGUUGUGGUUCAUUUUGGGAAAUACUGUAUGUCAAAUAUUCUGAGACAUCAAGUUACAUUCAAUAUUAGAUAUUUGAGAGCCAACAUUUAAAGUGCACCUAUUAUGGUUUUUCAGAUAUUAUCUUUCAUGUAGUGUGUUAUAUAAAUGUUUGUGAAUGUAAAAAGUCUGCAAAGUUUAAAAAAUCAAAGCGCACGACAAACAGAGUUAUUGACUCCUAAAAGAAGGAAACGAUUCUGAACAGCUGAAAUGAGUCGUUAGUAAUUCCAGAUUUACUUCCUAUACUAACCUACGUAGGUUUGUAACAAAAAGCCCCGCCUCUGGUCUUCAUCGGCUGCUAGCGAACAGACGGAGCUGAAACUCGUUAUGGUAGUGGGCGUUUCCUUUUCGACACAUGCUGAUGGUGGUAGACCAAUCACAACAGACUGGGACAUCUGACCAAUCAGAGUAGAGUAUGCUCUCUGAAAAGGAGAAGUUUAGAACGAAUCAUUUAACGAGUCAUUUGUGACAUGGGGAAAAAGGUAAUGCUGCAAUUUAAAUUAUGAGUUAUGAAUUAUGAAAUUUUUUUUUUUUUUUUUACCUUGGAUGCAUGUAAAUCCAUUGUAUGAGACCUCUAAAACAAAAUUAGGCAUGUUUAAAAACAUAAUAGGUGCGCUUUAAAGCCCAGCUCACAUUCCCCAUGUUUUUUGUUCUAUUUGAUUUGUACUUUUUACUGUUCUCACUGGCAAUUUAAUACUAAUAUUGUUACUUAUUAGAAUCUGUAAGAAUGUGUUUUUUUUUUGUUGUUGUUGUUAGGAUUAAAAAUUUAUCACUUUUUCCACUGUAACAGUAAUACUAAUGGUAAUUCUGAAGAGCCCAGAUCUGUUAAUUUUUCUUGAGAUGUAAUUUGGUGCUUCAUGGUCAGUGAAUGACAUGUGAAUGUAAGAACUACUGUACCUCAAAGAUGCACGUCAGUAUCACCUCAGAACUCAAAUUGAUGCAAUCAUCUCUAAUCAUAUUAAAAAUGUAUAACAUGACCAACAGAACAAUUUAAUUGUAUUAUACAUCAUCUAUAAUUUUAUCCAAAUUUUAGCAUUCUUUAUUUUUUUUUCUUUAUUUUUUUGGAAACACUUUUUGCAGUCACACUUUGUAUUCCCUUCUCACAUAAAGUUCAUAAUAUUCUAACAAGCAUUAUAUUUAAUAGAAAUGGAGGCAUGAGAAAAGUUUGAGUACUGACCUGCUCCUUCACUCUAACCUUAAUGCUCAUUACUUAUUAUGCUAAUUGGCUCGUGUGAGUCCUUAUGAAUUUGCAAUGGCGAUAGUCCUUUAAAGAUAAAGGGAGAUGUCACAUAGUGCAUGGGUUCGUUUUAAGUCUGUCCUCAUUCCUUUGAAGGUAGAUCCUAUAUCAUAUCACUGUCCAUCAGAUGGGAUAUUUUAUGUAGAAACUCUAGGAUUAAAGGGAUUUUCCACAUGGAUGCCAUCAACCAGAGACCCUGAAACUGCUUGUCCAAUGCUUGCAACCUUGUUAUUUAUUUCAACGACAAUCUGAGAGGCAAAAUGAUUUUAAUUAGAACAUAUUCCAAGCAUACAUACUGUACUUUCAGUCUUUUUUUCCCCUUUCCUUGUGUAUGAACAUUUCACAACCUGAUGAGACAAUAAAUAAAAUGUACUGACUGAUGAAUUUCUGCUCG